AUGAAGAUACAAGUGUUUACGGUUCUGCUAGUGUUGCAGUCUCUGCUUGGUGUAUCAAUAGCAGCUGUACCAACAACUCUUAACGUAUUUGAUAAUACUGGAGUAUAUUAUGCCAUCAACAUAUCGAGUGGAGAACUCAUCAGUAAACAUCGUAUAAAUUUAUUCUUGAGUGACUUGGUAGAAUUGAAUGGUGUUAUUCUACCCAUGUCAGCUAGCGAUGACUUUCUACUUAUCGGAGGUAAUAUUACUGAUGUUGGUGAAUCUUAUAUUCCAAUCAUUUGGUCUUAUAAUGUUCUGAACAAGACGAUUGUUCAAAAGUCAUUCAUAAAUGUAAAGUUUCCACAAUUUGAUUACCAAUGGAGUCCUCAGAUCGCAUCAUAUGAUUCAAUCAACAAUAUUGUUUACUUGAAUGGUGAUUUAAAUGGAGGUCCUGUUUUGCUCAAAUUUGAUUAUAAUCAACAAAAAGAAGAUGUAAUAACUUUACCAGGCAUGGGAUGGUACAUACAAUCAACUUACAAUGAGACCACCAAUAUAUGUUAUAUGGGCGGUCAGAAAGAUGUAUUGGGUCAAUUUGGCCAGAUGCUAGUUGUCACUUACAACUCUGUGACUGGAGAUAUAUCAUCAAACAACAUUAAAUUUGAUAUUCCAGAUAGUUGUUACUACUCGACAGUGAUGUAUCAAUAUAACUCCAAGUUUUAUGCUGCACUAACCGCUGACACUGGUGAUUGUUCAGCCUACGUCUUUGAGGUCGAUAUUGUUGGAAACACUACGACACUACUGGCCUCCAUCCCAAAUGAUGACACUGUUCAAAUCGAUGGAUACAUGAGCUUUGUAUUCGAUCCUGUCAAUGGCUAUAUUGUCAUGGUUGCAUCUAGUGCUGAGGAUUAUACAAAGCUGGAAAUUUGUAUGGUCAAUCUCAAUACCUAUGACGUUGAUCUAUAUGCUAUCCCCAACGCACUUGUCCAGCAAAUAGGUAAUGAUGAGGAUAUGUUCAUGACUCUAUCUUAA